UCUACUCUGCUGCUGCCGCCGCCAGGAUCUUCCCCAGGAUGCAAGCCUGCUCGUCUUCCUUCUUCGGAGAAAAUCCUCAGCAUGUGGAUGGUGUUUGCUAAUUGCCUCUCUUCUUCAGCAUUCAUGGUUGGUGAAAGGAAGCGUAGUAGUAAGUGAAAUCAGCUCAGUGGUUUGCUCUGAAAAGAGCAGUUUAUAUUUCGGCAGUUCAGCCAAGAUCAGCCCAGCACUGUUACAGAUCAGUUCAAGAUGAUAAGAACUGGGAUUACGCUGAUAAGAACAGAGACUACACCUUGAUCUUAGCCCUGAGUAGGACCAACUAACUAGAAUCAUAAAGUACUCAGCAAGUUUUUCAGUGCUCCCGAACCCUUGUUCAGACUGGCUGUUAAGGAAAACAAACAAAAGCGGCGGUUGGGGCAUAAAAACAGAACAACCCAAAGGUAUGCACUUUAAAGACGUGGUGGAGAAGAAUGGAACCAGGCUUGUUCUGAUUACCCUGUGAAUUAAUCACAGGACACACACCCUCCAACAGCACCUAGGUGUUAAUUUGUUUUAAACUAGUUUUUUUUUAUUUAUUUAUUAAACAAACCGAACCCAGCCAUUUCAAUAGGCGCAUGCACAGAACGCGCCGGGCGGCACGAAGGAAAGCGAAUGCGAGCAGGUUCACGCAACGAGCUCCGCCCCAGCCCAGCCUCUGGCGUGACGUCCUUGAGUCACCCUGGAAAGAGACGCCUUUCUUGGGUCUGGGCUGUAGCCCCGCCUUAUUUGUUGGCUUCCAAAAUGGCUGCCUUAGCAACGGCAGUGCUUGGGGUGACCGGGCAGCACCAGAAUGACAUCCAUUUCAGUGUUCCAGGUGCUGGCCAACAUGUUCAGAAUUGGAAGAAUAAAACUGAUCAAGUUAAGAAAGCUGAAUUUAUAAGAGCAGGAGAAAAACUUAAAAAACAACUUGUGAAUAUAGAAAAGGAUAAAAAUGGCUUACUCUUCAACAAGAAAAGUGACUUUAGGAUGGAAUAUAGCACGCUGGAAGAACUGGAACACAAGCUGACUAAAGACCAGAAAGCAGAAAAAGUGAAAAUCCAGCAAAAACUGGCAAGAAUUUAUAAUAACGUUAAGGGACUUCAGCGGCAAUUAAAAGAUGUGAAACCGACCCCAGAAUUUGUUGACAGACUUCGAGAAAUUAUGGAAGAAGCUGAAAAUGCAAUAAACACUUUUAAAGAAGAACAGCGGCAAAUAUACGAGGCACUUAUGAGGGAGGAAAAGACUGUUACUAAUGAGCUUAAUGCCUUGGAGAAAAAAAUUGAGAUGUGGGCGUUCGGUACUUCAGCAUCAGGAAAAAAAUUCAAGCAAGGCAAAGUCCCAGUGGAUAAGGAGAUGCAUCAUCAUCAUCUGCCUGAUGAAAUUGUUGAGCUUGAAAAAUUCCUUCAACUAACAGGUGGGAGACAAGGAGGCUGGGAUGAAUAUGAUCAUCAAGUUUUUUUGAAAUUAUGGACAAAGCAUAAAGGAAAACCAUCAUAUAUGGAUGAAGCCAUUGAUUAUUUUGCUGACAGGACAAAGGAGGAUGUUCAGCAGCAUGAGAAAUGGUAUCAAGAAUUUCUAAUUUUAGAGGCGCGAAAAAAGGAGUCUAUUCAAAAGUGGAAGAUGAAAAAGCAACAUGAAAAAGAGAAAAUCUUGGCUCAAAAGAAGCCCAAGGAAGUGCUCGCUGUAAAUAUACUUAGGUGUGAAGAAGCUCAGAAACAAAAAGCUGAAGAGGAAAGAAAAAAACGACUGGAAGAGCUUGAAGCAUGGAAAAGGCAUAAAGCAACAGAACAGGCAAUGAAACAAGCAGCUCAGCUGCAGGAGGAAGAAGAAAAGGAAAAGAGAAAGCAGAGAGAACGUCAACGCCAGCUCCAGGUGAAGUUGCUUUUGGAAGGGUAUAGUAGGCAGAAAAGGGAGCAGGAAGAGCUUUUGAAGCUUGAAAAGGAGAAAAGGGAAGAAGCUGAAAGAGAAGAGAAGAAAAGAACUGCUGCGGAAGAAAUUCUUAAGUUUCAAGAGCGAGAUCUGCAUAAACUUGAGCUUAAGAUUCUAGAAAAACAGGCAAAAGAAAAUGAAAAGAUAGAAAAAGAAAAAAGAUUGUCCAAGCUGAGAGAGAAGGUUGAAAUUAAUGCAGCUCGAGACCCAUAUAGGCUCUACAAACCUACCAAAGUUUGGGAGGAACGGACAAAAGAGAUUGGGCCAGAAGGUUCAGGGCCACUUCUAUAUCUUCCACACAAGGCUGUUCCAAGUUGGCGACAAGGGCUAUAGCUGGAUGUCGGCUUCAUGAGAAGAUACAUAAAUGUGUGUGUAAAACACCUAGGUAUUUUAUCAUUGUGCCCUUGAAAAACUUUAUGAUGGGAUAAAGGAUUUUUACUUUAUAUUCUAUAUGAAAUUUACAUAAAUGUGACUUUGUCAUGUUAAAGAUGAAAUACACAUAAUAAUGUAAUUCAUUGCAACAAGUACUAGCAAAGGCUUAUAUAAAUGCAACAAGGCCAUUUUUUCUUGCUUUUACAUUUUUCUCUCUUUUUGCUGGUACUUCGAUCUACCAAUGUAGUUCUUGUUAUGAGUGGGAUAGGAAUGAAUGCACUCUGUUUUACUUAUUAAAUUUUGUUAUGUUCUUA